GUAGUUUUGGGGAAUGCUAGUUGCUUAUUUGACGUUGGUGACAAAAAACAAGGGCAGGCACGACAGCUUAGAAUAAAAUACGUUUUAAAAAAUCAUUUUUGUAAGAAGGAUAUCAUUGCAUGUCAUUCUAACGCAAGUCUCCCCUCACCCGUAGUUUACGUCGUAUUGUUAUGUGAUCUUACUGAAAUGGCUACAUUUUAUGUCAUCUGUUGAGGUGGAUAUCUGAACCUCCAGUAGAAGCGGAAGGGAAAGAUACAUUGUAUCAUUUCUCAUCUCCACAUAAGGAAAAAAGUAAACCAUAAGAUGAGGCCAGAAGAAUAGUCUGCUUGAAGGUGACCCUUUGCCAUGUUAGAAAUAGUGACAAGGAUUAAGAAGAAGAGCUGUACACUUUUCACUGCAGACAGAGAGCACAGGUUUAAGGCCAGUGCCAUGGGCCUCAACCAAGAUGUCUAUUUGACCUGAUUGCCUGCUAUAGAUGAAGGGGAACUGGUGGUAAUGGUGGAUCCCUGAAGUGUUUCGUAAUUAAAAAAAAAGAAAUAAGAGACCUGGUGGAAGACUUUUGACCGUGAUGGAUGACAACGCAGGCGAUUAUAAAAAGCCAUUACAUCCUACGUCUGCGUUCACUGCAGGAGAGUCAGGGGACCCGGGGUUGAGAAAUGACUUGGCGCCCAAGGAGGCACUCGCUGGCUCCAUCUUGUCCGAGUCCCUGCCCAGUGAGGAAAUGGGAUACGGAGAGGAGUUUGAGGAGGUGGAGGUAGAGAGGCCAGAGACUGAGCCAUUGGACAGCUCGGUCACUGAGGCUCCUCCGGUGCAGGUCCAUCUGGAUGAUGCUGAUGACACCGAGGAGAACAGUGAGCCAAGAGAUGGAGGAGACUCCCCGCUGAAGGAUGAAGAAGGGGAGGAGGAUUCUGAAAAAGAUGAGACUGGCGAGAUGGAAGGGGAUGCUGAUGACGAGCAUCAGAGGAAAGAGGCAGGGAAGGAGCCUAGGAUGAACGGAGAGUCUGGCUCCCGAAAUUCAGGGUCUGGAAAGAGAGCGCGGUCCAGGAACAGCGGAUCCUCUUCCACAGCAGGUGACCAAGCCUUUGUGACGCCCUCCUCUUCCCUCAAUAAGCCGUCCCUCUCCUCCUCUGGGGGUGGGAGGCACAAGCAGGCCCGGCGGAGGAACCAUCACCACCAUCAGGGUCGGCCUCGCAGGCAGACCGGCUCGCAGUUCAUCAUGGCCAUCAAGGACAUCAUGUCAGAGUCCAUCAGCCCCUGGUGCAUGUCCUGCAUACACAUGGUGGUGGAGCUCAUCGUGUCAGUGGCCCAUCACUGUGGACUGGCCGUGGAAACGGGGAGCCUGGCCGUUUAUGACUUUAGUUCACGCUUCCUGCACCGGGUCACAGAUAUCCCCGGCCUGAAGCAGGACGCCAGGCGGGCCCUCGCCUGGACCCAGUGCACCGGCGCUGCACUGGUGGCAUGGACUAGCCAGAUGACCGGUCAGGUGUGGCAGACUUCCACUUCCUGUUUCAGACUCUUCUGUGCCAUAGUGAUCCUUGCCACACGAUGGGCCAAGUGCUCUCUGGGAAGGCUCAGUGGGGGUCGAGCCCCGCAGUGGUGGGAAGCCCUGCAGAACUCGUGGGUGUGGAGGAAAGCCGCAGCCCUGUUUGAGAGAUGUAGCGGAUUGUUCAGGAGAACGAGAUCUCAGGGGGCAGGGUCCUCUCCAGAGUCGCCCAACGAGGCGAGAGGCCAGCCGGGGCAGGAGCUGGAGAGGCUGCUGUCUCUCGCUCAGAUCCCAGAGGAGGAGCUGGACCCCUUCGCUGUGCUCGGGGUGGAGGCAAAUGCCACAGAGUCUGAGCUCAAAAGGGCCUAUAGACAGCUGGCUGUACAGGUCCAUCCAGACAAGAACAAGCACCCGCGGGCAGGAGAGGCCUUCAAGGUGCUCCGGGCAGCGUGGGACAUCGUCAGCAACCCGGAGACGAGACGAGAAUAUGAGCUGAAGCGAAUGGCUGCCACUGAGCUCUCUAAGUCCAUGAAUGAGUUCCUGACCAAGCUGCAGGAUGACCUGAAAGAGGCCAUGAACACCAUGAUGUGCACCAAGUGUGAAGGCAAACACAAGCGCUUUGAGAUGGACCGGGACCCCACCGAGGCCCGCUUCUGUGCUGAAUGUAACCGGCGCCACGGUGCGGAGGAGGGAGACCUGUGGGCCGAGUCCAGCAUGCUGGGACUACGCAUCACCUACUUUGCCUUCAUGGAUGGAAAGGUGUACGAUAUCACCGAGUGGGCAGGCUGCCAGCGCAUAGGGAUCUCCCCUGACACACACAGAGUGCCCUACCACAUCUCCUUUGGCUCCAAGACCAACAGCAGCAGCGCCACCCGCCAGAGACCCUCAGAGCAUCCCCCCGGCCCUAGCUCACCUGCGGACCUGCAGGACCUCUUCAAUCGCAUCUUCCAGGGAGGGGGUUCCCCCAGCGACAUGGCGGCCAACGGCGGGUUCUUCCCCACCGGAUCGCCACCCCCAAACCCUGCUGCUGGGCCAGGCAUGGGUGCUAGUGGACCAUUUCCAGGACCAUCUCCCCAGAGCGGCUUCUUCCCCCACGGGCCACAUCGAGCCGAGCCCAGCGAACACUGGACCGAGGCGGGCAAACACCCGCGCCGCCGGAAGAAAGUCCGCAAGCCCUUCCAGCGCUGAGCUGCCCAGACUCACAAUCCACCGGGGGGGACAGCUUUCCGAUAAUGGCCAUGUUGUUUGCGUCCGGGGGUUGGGUUUGUGUUUCUGGUAACCCCACCAACCUUACCAACAUGCACACACACAUACACACUCACAAACGAUCCCACCUCCCCCUGUUUGGGGUCAAAGGAUGAACUCUGCAAAGCAUGUGUGGAGCUUUGGGGUUGUUGACGUUGAUGGUGAUGCAGAGAUGGAUCAAAAGCCAGUUGAAAAUAAAGAGGCUGUUGUGGGUAUGAAGAUGAUGAUGCUCAAGUGUAAUUUUAUCAAAUCUGAAGUGAUGUGCUUUGUUUUGGUUUUAUUCUCAGUCACAAAACAUAUAUCACUGCUGUGAGAAUUUUUUUUUCUGUUGCAAAGAUGAAGGUUGAUUUUGAUAACGCCAUUGGUUUUCCUCACUUGUAGUUUGCCAUUUCACAGUUCAUAAUGAAGCUGAUUUUGUAAUAUUUUGGGUUAAUUUAAAAAAAAAAAUAUAUAUAUAUAUAUACUUUUUAGUAUAGUACUGUAAGAACGCUAGCUGCUGCAGCCUCAGGGAUGGUAGAUGUGGAUCCAGACCAUUAUUGGGUUGGGUGACAGGGGGAAGAUGUGUGAAUUCUUGGAAGGUCUUUAGAACUUUAUGGAAUUCUGAAGAGUGUAGAAUUUGCCUGAGGAUGGUUUGCUUCUUUCAUAGCCCUAAAGACUCCCCUACUCUUUCUCAUAAAGCCAUUCUUGAGAAUCUGCGCCUGCUUCUUAUGGACAAAAAGAAGUUUAGUCAUAGAAGCUUGUGUUGAUGGUCCCAUAUUAUAUUUUUUUAAAUAAUGUAUCAUCACUGUUGGAAGAAAGGCUCAUAUUUCCAGGUGAACAAUAACAUUACCUUACAUUACAGAUUUCUAACACAUUAUCAGAUUCACUCUUUGCUUUUUGGUCGAACCUUGAAUAGUUUAAUAAUAACCUGUCAAGAUCAUUGUUGGUCAAAUUGUUUUGCACUACUUUUUUCUGUCACUUUCUUGGAAGUGUUGCUUAAACCAGAAAAUAUGUAUAUUUUUUUGCUUUGAUCAUUUUUAUGUCUAGAUUUUGUUUUCUAUUUAUUUCUGCAAGCACAGUUCCAUAUUAUCAUCCAUCACCCCCCAGUUGUUUGUGCUUUGGCAGAAAUAAUAUUUUGUGAAAUGAUUUUAGCUGGUAUACAGUGGAACCACUGUGAACCAGGUAUUACACACUUAUCAUAUCAGACAUGACACACUUUAUGAGUGAAGAGGGUAGACGAGCCAGACGAGAUUCUGAUGUGUUGUCAGACAACAAAGCUAUAUUGGUUUUUAAAUGCGUCUUUUUGUGGCAGGAGGGAAAGAAAGAUUUCCAAAGGCUGGCAAAGUGGCCUCAGGAGUAACAGAGCCAAUAAAUGUUAGACUUUAAAAUAAUGAUCUACAAACAACAGAAGAGUCUCGAUAGUAAAUGAUGCAUUGCACCAUUUAUGUGAAAAUGGAGAUAUGAUGUUUCCAGCCAACAGUGAUGGUAUCACUAAGAACAGUACAGUGAGAGUCUGAUGUGGCACUUAACACUUUGAUGGGGAUUUGGUUGUUGUGCACUGAUCAGCAUUAGUCAUUUUGAUGGAGAGUCGAGUGGCUUCCUGUUGUAUGGAGCUUGGUUUAAUUUCUGGCGUGUCUCAUGGUUCUCAUGCAAAACUUAUGGUCCCAUUUUCCAUCCCCAUAUUCAAAAUAAUCCUCUUUUUGCAAGCACUAGCACGCCAGCUUUCCAGUCUUCUACAUUUUUAAGAGCUAACUCUUGGGUUAACUAUUAGUCCAAGGAAUGACUACAAGUACAGUACGUUUUCCGUGGUAAUCUAAUAAGAAAAAAUGUCUUGUUAACAAACACAGUGCUCCCUGAUUGCAGGAGUGGACAGUAUGAUAAAUAUUCUCCAGAAAACAUUCUCGUCAUUCAUUCAGUGGUAUUCCCAAGCUACGCUGCAUUACUGCCUUCGUCUCUUCCUUUAUCACCAAAUAUCACAGAGUCACGCCUCACGCGGCCCACACAAGGCAAACUCUUCUGCGCUUGUUUGCAUUGCCUGAAAAGAGACCAAGAGAGAUGGAUGGUCCUACUGCAAAGCCUCAGUAUUAAGCAAUGGUUAAUCCUCAAAUCUUGAACAGAUUUCUUUUUAUUGAGCCUCACUUUAGAUUUUUUUUUUUUUUGUUUAACUCAUGUUGAUUGAUGGUUUCUUCUCUUAAUUGUUGUUAUUAGUUGUUAAACAGUUGUGGUUGGGCCUUGUUUGAGCAGGAAGAUGGUUUUGUUUUGUUAAACAUGUUAAUUUGUGCUUUGAAGUCAAAGGGUGUUUGCAAUUUAAUUUUCCUUUGAAUAUGAUUAUUAGUGAUUAUUUCCAGUUGCAGGAGUUGCAAUGCUAAGCGGUUUGGAUGCUCAUGUUGACUGAAGAAUGUAACUAUUUGUCUAGAUGGUGAAGUGAGUUAGGCUUGUGUAGGAGAGAACCUCCCAGAAAACCUGAUUUUUUUAGGUAAUGUUAUAUGCAAAAAAGAAAUACAUCGCAAAAAAUCUGUUUUGACAAUCAUUAGGAUUACAAUGUGCAGGACACUGGUUCAUUUGUCUUUUGUUUGGCAUGACAUGGGAUGAGUUUUACUACAGUUGCUAUUGAAAAAAAGAGUCUCAGUUUUAUUUUAUUUUUUUUGCCUUUUUGUUUUCAUAGUAAAGUUGAUUUCCUACA